CCGCGGCUCGUCUUCGUAACGAACUAAACAAAUAGCAACAACAACAACAACACAAGUUUGGUUGAAUGAGUUUCUGCAGGUUUAGCACAUUGCCUGUGUGAUCUCGAGCUAAUAUUCAGAUAUUUUUUAUGUGGACAAAUCUUCGGAAUUGCCUUUUGGUACCCUAUUGAAGUAACUAGCAAGCAAAAGCUAGUUGAUUACCUACGUUGAAACGAUUACGAUCACUAAUUAGACAGAAAAGGUGUUUUAAAUUGCUGCAAGACAAAGUGCGUGAAAAAAAUUCAGUUGUGUGAAACGAGGUGUGUAUGAAAGAAGGGAUACUAUUGCAACGAUGGGAGAUUGAACGAAAACAUCGUGGAUUAAUAGCACACCGCGAGCUAGCUUGCCCGACCACUCAACGUUGGAGCACGGGCACUUUGAGUGUCGUCUCUCGUGAGAGUGACACCAAAGACGCCGUACGCCAAUAUGAAGUGUCUAUUAGGAAUAAUAACUAUACUUGUGGCCAUUACUGGCGUGCAUCUCGUAGCUGGAUUUCAAUCAUGUAAUCCGGAUCCAUGCCAACACAACGGAGAAUGCCGCUACGCUCCUAAUGCACAGUCUCGUUGCGUGUGCAAACCGCAGUUUGCUGGCGAAUAUUGUCAAUACUCGAAUCCCUGCACCGUUCAUGGUGACGUUUGUCGGAACGGUGCUACGUGCGAACCUCAGGUUACCGUGAGUGGCGUUUCCUAUAUAUGUCACUGCCCCAUCGGAUUUAACGGUACAUUAUGCGAGCAGCGCCAGCCAUCAAGCUGUGAUAGUAAGCCAUGUCAAAAUGGCGGUGUCUGCAAGUUAGCAUCGCUAAAUAGCUAUUUCUGCGAAUGUCCGUCCGGCUUCCGUGGACACAACUGCUCGCAGGUUGAUCAUUGCGCCUCGUUCCCUUGCAAACAUGGCAGCUGCACGUCAACUCAUUUCGGAUUUGAGUGUUUGUGCGGCAACGGCUACGAAGGCGUUCACUGCGAAUUCGACGUGAACGAAUGCAGCCAGAACCCGUGCAUCUCCGGUUCCUGCCGUAACACGCAGGGUGGUUAUAACUGCGCGUGCCAACCUGGCUACACCGGCAAGAACUGCGAACAUGAAUUCGUGCCCUGUCAACCAAAUCCGUGCCAACAUGGCGGCGAGUGUACGCGUGUCGGCCAGCAUGACUACAAAUGCCGGUGUCCGCGCGGCUUCCGUGGGGCAGAUUGCGAGAUUAACAUCGACGAUUGCAUCGGCAGCCUCUGUGCCAACGGAUCAACAUGCGUCGACGGGAUCAACGGUUAUACGUGUGCGUGCCCACCGACAACCACUGGCCAGUACUGCACGAAGGACGUAGACGAGUGUUCUCUCGACUCAACGAUUUGCAAAAAUGGUGGCACCUGCCGAAACAUUCAGAACGGCUUUAACUGCGUCUGCGUCAGCGGAUGGACGGGUCUUGAUUGCUCGGAAAACAAUGACGAGUGCGUCGGAGCUAGCUGUCACAAUGGAGCCACAUGUGUCGACCGCGUGGGUCGCUUCGAUUGCAUCUGCCCACCCGGCAAAAUGGGCUUACUGUGCCACAUUGAUGAUGCCUGCCUCUCGAACCCGUGUCAUGCAGGCGCGGUCUGUGAUACGAGCCCAAUUGAUGGUCGAUACAAGUGCUCGUGCAAAGACGGAUGGACUGGUCUGGACUGCUCGCAAGACGUCGACGAGUGUUCGGGCGAUGUGAAUCCGUGUGAGCAUGGCGGCACCUGUGUUAACACACCGGGCUCAUUCGGCUGCAACUGCACGUUAGGUUUUACGGGACCCCGGUGCGAGGUGAACAUCAACGAGUGCGAACCCAAUCCCUGCGAAAAUGAUGGCACUUGCCUCGAUGAAACAGGGGCUUUUCGUUGCGUCUGUAUGCCAGGGUAUAAGGGAAUUCGCUGUGAGGAGGAUAUCGACGAAUGUGACCCAAGUCCAUGUGGGCCUGGCGUCUGCCUCGACAAGAUCAACGGAUAUCGAUGCCGCUGUCCCAUCGGCUUCACUGGAGUCAAUUGUGAAGUCAACAUUGACGACUGCAGCGGGAACCCAUGCAAACAUGGCGGCGAAUGCUUCGAUCUGGUCAACGCUUACAAGUGCGAAUGCAAAACAGGCUUCACCGGCAAGCUCUGUGAAGUCAACGUUGAUGAUUGUCAGAACAACCCCUGCAGGAACGGCACCUGUGUUGACGGUGUGAAUACCUUCCAUUGCAAUUGUGCGGCCGGCUUCACGGGCCGAUUCUGCGAGACCCAGGUAAAUGAGUGCCUCGGGGAGCCAUGCAAAUUCGGCGGCACCUGUACAGACCUUGCAAACGGCUAUAAUUGCGCGUGCAGGCCGGGCACGACGGGCAAGAACUGCGAGCGAAACAUCAAUGAAUGCCUAUCGAAUCCGUGCCGUCAUGGUGCCACGUGCAUAGACGGCAUCAACGAGUAUAGCUGCAAAUGUCGACCCGGCUUCAGUGGACGCAACUGCGAAAUGGACAUUGAUGAAUGCGCCAGCAGUCCCUGCGCUAACGGCGGUACUUGCGUUGAUCGGGAGAACGGUUUCCAGUGCACCUGCCCCCGCGGGUACUUUGGUUCGAGGUGCAACUCGGACGUGGACGAGUGCGCAUCGAGCCCGUGCCACAACGGCGGCACCUGCGAAGACGACCUCAACAAGUACAUCUGCCACUGUCCUGCGGGCUACACGGGCCACCGCUGUGAGAACGAGAUUGAUGAGUGCAAAUCUAAUCCGUGUCAGCAUGGUGGAACGUGCCGGGACCGACUAGCUAAUUACACCUGUCUGUGCGCCAAAGGCUACGAGGGCGCCAACUGCGAGAUCAAUAUCAACGAUUGCGUCAGCAAUCCAUGCGCUAACGGCGGAUCUUGUAUUGACCUCGUCGACGGCUACCAGUGCGUCUGCGCCAUACCGUUCACCGGCAAGAACUGCCUACAGCGACUCGAUCCUUGCGCCGUGAAUCGUUGCCGAAAUGGGGCUAUUUGCUCGCCAAGCUCGAACUUUCAAGACUUUUCUUGCAGUUGCAAAAGCGGAUACACUGGCCGCCUCUGUGAUCAGGAUAUUAACGAGUGUGCCACAAGCAAUCCGUGCCGCAAUGGCGCAACUUGUAUAAACAAGUUCGGAUCGUACACUUGUAACUGCACCAAGGGCUACGAAGGAAAGGAUUGCUUGAUCAACACCGAUGACUGCGCCAGCUUCCCGUGUCGAAACGGUGGGACGUGCUUGGACGAGGUGGGCGACUAUCAGUGUAUUUGUGUGGACGGGUUCGGCGGUAAGCAGUGUGAAAUCGAUACCGACGAAUGCGCCAGCAGUCCUUGCAAGAACGGGGCUACUUGCAAUGACUACGUCAACUCGUACACCUGCACCUGUCCUCUGGGUUUCUCAGGCGUCGACUGCGAGACCAAUGAUGAAGACUGCACUAUGAGUUCGUGCAUGAACGGAGGCACCUGCGUUGACGGCAUCGAUGCGUACACGUGUCGCUGCUCGGCGGGAUACACUGGCGCCAAUUGUCAGUUCCGCAUCAACGAGUGUGACUCUGGCCCGUGCAAGAACGGCGGCACCUGUAUCGACGACAAUGGAUUCUACGAGUGCAGAUGUCCCUACGGCUUUGCCGGCAGAAACUGUGAACAUUUUAUUAAUUGGUGUGAUUCCAGCCCAUGCGAGAACGGUUCGACAUGCAAACAGCUGAAUCAUACAUAUGCCUGUAUAUGCCAAAACGGUUGGGCAGGUCGUCACUGCGACGUGGAAAUGGUUUCGUGCAAGGACGCAGCUCUUCGAAAGAACGUUAAGCUUAAUGAUCUCUGCCAAAAUGGUGGCUUAUGUGAAGAUUACUUGAAUAGCCAUCGCUGUAUCUGCGCUAAGGGUUAUGGAGGCAGUUACUGUCAGGAGAAUAUCAACGAUUGCGCGUCACAGCCAUGUCAGAACGGCGGCAGAUGUCAUGAUCAUCUUGGAAGUUAUAGCUGCGAAUGCUCGACCGGUUUCCAAGGCCAUAAUUGCGAGUACAACGUCGACGACUGCCAUCCUAUGCCCUGUCAAAAUGGAGGAACUUGCUUCGACCAUGUCAACUCGUACCGAUGUAUCUGUCCUCCCGGAACUACUGGUAUUCUAUGCGAAUUCAAUCUGAAUGACUGUACGGAUAAUUCGUGCCAUCAUGGCGGAACAUGCAUCGAUAAAAUUAACGGUUUCGAGUGUAAGUGUCCACCCGGAUAUAUCGGCCCCCGCUGCGAGGGUGACAUCAACGAAUGUUUAUCAGAUCCGUGCAUGGCAGAAGGUACACAGGACUGUGUUCAAUUAGUUAAUGAUUAUCGUUGCGAUUGCAAGCAGGGAUACGCGGGACGGCACUGUGACGCGAAGGUAGAAUUCUGUCCUCCCAACAGCUGCCUCAACGGAGGGUUCUGUACACCAGUUGGCAAUGGUCAUAACUGCGUUUGUCGCAAAGGCUUUUUUGGCAAACGCUGCGAGUUCAGCAACGCAACAAUAUGCUAUUCGGAUCGUUGCCUAAACGGCGGUCAUUGCAUCGAAAAGUUGGGUUCGUUCGAGUGUCACUGUCCUCGCGGAUUUGCGGGUCGCCACUGCGAAGUCGAAGACGAGAGUUUUCCUGGGGGCAUCGGUCAUAUCGCUGUUGACGUGAUGAUCGAGGAGAAGUAUCUCAUGUGCGCCAGAAAUAAGUGCGCUGAAAAAGCAAAAAAUAACAUUUGCAACCAUGAAUGCAACUAUCCGGCCUGCGGUUUCGACGGCGGAGACUGCUCAUUAGGGCUGAAUCCGUUUGAAAACUGCUCAAUGCCCAUCAAAUGCUGGAAGGCGUUCAACGAUAGCCACUGCGACGAAGAUUGCAAUACGGCCGAGUGUCUUUACGAUGGGUUCGACUGUGCGAAGCAACAAGGACAAUGUAACCCCGCGUUCGACCAAUACUGUAUACGUAAUUACGCGAAUGGUUACUGCGAUAACCGGUGCAACACGAAAGAGUGCAACUGGGACGGCCUGGAUUGCGAAAGCGGAGACCCGUUCAUCGCGGAAGGCGAAAUGGUCAUUAACCUGAAUAUGCUUCCCGAGGACUUCAAGGACAAAAGUCGCCUCUUCCUUCGCGAGCUUGGUAAUAGUUUGAGAACUAACGUUCGCUUCAAGAAAGAGGCCAAUGGUAACGAAAUGAUCUACCCAUGGGUUGUUGAUGACUCCAUCGGCCCCAUGGAUGGACGGAUUCAGAUGGGAACGACAGUUCACGUGGAAAUCGACAACCGGCGUUGCGUACAAUCGGAAGGUCGCGAAUGCUUUAUGCAAGCUGCACUAGCAGCCGAAUUCCUCUCGGCAGCUCAUUCAAAACAGGCACUUGCUAUUAGCGGAGGCUUCGAAAUAGAUAGCAUUCGAGGAACGACGGUGGAGGCUCCCGGCGGAAGUGCUGCACCUAACGUGCUGGCUACAAUGAUGGGUGUUAUGAUAAUCGUUCUUUUAGGCCUGCUUCUUGGAGUGCUCGUUACCGGACAAAGAAAACGCGCCCGGGGCAUCACCUGGUUCCCUGAAGGUUUCCUACCCAUGCGGCCGCAAGUUAGCGGUGGCCCACGACGUCGUCCUGACGGUCAAGAGAUGCAUAGCAUCGCUAAAAUGUCCAACGAUCAACGCCUCGACGCAAACGACAACCACGGUCUAACCGAGUGGUCCGACGAAGAGCAUCACCCUCCAGCCAAGCGAAUGAGACCAACGUCAGGAUGUCAAGAUUCGACUUAUGGCGACACGGCCACAGUGAUGUCGAACGCCGAUUAUGACGACCACGACACUCGGCAAUGGACAAGACAGCAUCUGAAUGCGGCGGACAUUCGUAACCCCGAUAUCGUUGCCAUGACACCGCCCCAGCAUCACGACUACGAUCGACAGGUUGACGUUGACGUUCGUGGCCCAGCUGGCCUCACCCCGCUUAUGCUUGUGUCGAUCCGUGGUAAUGGAAUUGAUCAAGCUGAAGAGGAUGUCGAUGAUGGCUCAACUAUAGUGAUUCAAGAACUGCUAGACAAAGGAGCGAAAAUAACAAAUAAAACGGAACACCUACAGGAAACACCUCUACAUCUUGCAGCUCGCUAUGCCCGUUCAGAUGCGGCCAAACUCCUGCUAGAUAUGGGUGCAAAUGCCAACGCUGUAGACGCCUCAGGAAGAACUCCACUGCACUCGGCGGUGGCAGCCGACGCUGUUGGCGUGUUCCAAAUUCUGCUGCGCAACCGCACGACGGAUCUGAACAGCAAGACGUACGACGGAACUACGCCACUUAUUCUCGCCUGCCGGAUGGGUGUUGAGGGGAUGGUUACAGAUCUCAUCAACGCCGAGGUAGACGUUAACUUGGCAGACGAACAUGGGAAGACUGCCUUACAUUGGGCAGCUGCGGUUAAUAAUUACACCGCUGUAAAGAUCCUAUUGGAUCAUGGUGCUAAUCGGGAUGCACAAGAUCUAUUGGAGGAGACUCCAUUAUACCUUGCGGCCCGUGAGGGAAGUCGCGAUGCAGCGAAGAUCCUCCUCGAAUACGGUGCCAACAGAGAUAUUACCGACCACAUGGACCGUCUACCCCGAGGCAUCGCUCUUGACCGCCUACACCAUGACCUGGCCAAGAUGUUGGAUGAAUACGUUCCCACUAACCCAAUCGUGCCUCUACCGCCAGUUCAACUCCCUCAACCUUUGCUGGUUACCAAUAGCAAACCGGCUCCCUCUGUGUCCGUCCCGACGAAGUCGAUAAAGAAAACAGCACGUCGUAACCAAAGUGCAUUUCAGGGCAAAGAGCCGCCACCAACUGCAGCCGAUAGCUCCGCAGCGUCCGCUAAUCGCCGGCGCACGCCAAGCGUGAAGAAGAAGCGUGAUCCACCUCCGCAGAUUGUUGUCGUUGCUAGUGGGGCUGAGGGCGCGCUAAGUCCAAGCUCGCUCGGAUCACCAUGCUCUUCAACGCUAUCGCCUCAGUCGAGCCUUUUUCAAGGCCACAGUAUGGCCGUCAGUCAACCAAACCUAACUGGGGGUGAUAUCAAGCAACCCCCCUGUUAUGAGGAUUGCGUAAAAGGCGCUUCUGGUAUAUACGACAUGGCCGGCAGCACAUACGGUGGGGUGAUGGGCAUACUCGACUCUCACAAUAUUUAUACAUCACCUAUGCAACCGCCUCUCCAGCCGCAGCCUGCGGUGAACCACGGUCGUCAACAAAGUCUACCGGCGGGGUUCAGUCAGCAUCAGGGGAACAACAACCUGACAUCUGCGGCCUCACCGACGAAAGCACGGCCCGUGCUCCCCACGAGCCCCACACACCUUCUGGCUAUGCGGCAACAGCAACACCACCAACAACAGCAGCAGCAAUCACAACUUCCACCAAUAGCCGUUGGACCGCAGUCGUCGAACCAAUCACAAACGAAACCGAAAAUCAGCAGCGGGUCAGCGUACGAAUUUCCCGUGACUACGUCACAGGCGCAUCAGGUAAAGAUGGAACCGUCCAGCAUCAUUUACUCGGGAAGCCCAAGUCACAAAACCAGUGCAGCUAGCGGAAGUGCCAGCAACACUAACAGCCAGUACCCUCCAGCAGCCAGCCUAUACAACCAUUACCCGACGCCCCCUAGCGUCUCACAGGUCUCGCAAUCCGAUCAGCCUACUCCGCAACAUUACUCAGUCUCACACGAUCCCAGCUAUCUGACGCCCUCACCUGAGUCCCCCGGCGAGUGGUCCCCCUCGAGUUCGCACUCAGCACAGGGUGACUGGUCAGACGCUAUCUCCAGUCCAUUGCACCCAUCACAGGAUUCCACGCAUCAAGCACACCAAGGCCGAUCGGCGGCUAAGAACAUCAAGCCAGCGGUUAUUCAACAAGGACAAAAGUCACACCCUGAUCCGGUUUUUAUCUAAACCACAUUGAUAUUGACAUUGGGGAG